AUGGCCGGGACUCGCCGCCGCGGCGUCAUGCUGCUGCUCAUCGCCAUCGCCUUCUUCGCGGCCAGGCCAGGGCCGUCCUCGGCGUCGGCGCUGGUGGGCGACAGGUGCGCCGCCAACUCGCCGCCGUCGUCGUGCGGCGCCGGGAUGCGGUGCGCCACAUGCUCGCCGCUGCCCGGGUCGGGCCCCGCCGUGUGCUCCCGGACCACGCCCAUCGACCCCAAGACCCACGGAACAGGGCUUCCAUUCAACAAGUACUCGUGGCUCACCACCCACAACUCCUUCGCCGUCGCCGGCACGCCCUCCGCCACCGGCGCGCCCAUCGUCUCGCCGCCCAACCAGGGUGACUCCGUCACCUCCCAGCUCAACAAUGGCGUCAGGGGCCUAAUGCUCGACACCUACGACUUCAAGAACGACCUCUGGCUCUGCCACUCCUUCGCCGGCAAAUGCUACGACUUCACCGCAUACGUCCCUGCGUCCAAGGUGCUCAAGGAGAUCCAGGCCUUCCUAGACUCCAACCCCAACGAGGUCAUCACCGUCUUCAUCGAGGACUACUCCGCCCCGGGCUCCCUCGCCAAGGCGCUCGCCGCCGCCGGCCUCACCAAGUACGUCUUCCCGCCGGCCAAGAUGCCCGCCAACGGCGCCGACUGGCCAACGCUCAAGGACAUGGUCGCCCAGGGCCACCGCCUCCUCGUCUUCACCUCCAAGCAGGGCCGGGAGAGCUCCGACGGCGCCGCCUAUGAGUGGAACUACGUUGUCGAAACCAAAUACGGAAGCGACGGGCUGGCGGUGGGCACGUGCGGGAACCGGGGGGAGUCCAAGCCCAUGGACUCCAAGGCGCAGUCGCUUCUGCUGCUCAACUUCUUCACCACCAACCCGAGCCAGAGCUGGGCCUGCGUCAACAACUCCGCCCCGCUCAUCGACAAGCUCAAGUCCUGCUACGACGCCUUCGGCAAGCGAUGGCCCAACUUCAUCGCCGUCGACUUCUACAUGAGGAGCAGCGGCGGCGGCGCUCCCCUGGCGACCGACGUGGCCAACGGCCGUCUCCAGUGCGGCUGUGACAGCAUUGCAUACUGCAAGGCAAACGCCCCGUUUGGAACAUGCACAAUGUCAUCUUCUUCGCCUCCGUCCUUGUCGCCAUCGCCGUCGUCCUCUCCGGCUCCGGGCUCGGGCUCUUCCUCGUCAUCUCCAUCUUUAGCUCCCGUGUCGCGUACGGCUCCGCCACCAUCUUCAACAACAUCACCAUUGUCGUCGCCAUCCUGGUCGUGGUCGCCGGCUCCAGCUCCGGCUAGGACACGUUCUCGGCCGCGGUCGUGGGCGUCAUCGGCGACAAUGUCUUUAUUUUCUCUGUUACCUUCCGCUUGGGAACUUUCUCCACCUAUGUCUUCCUCCAUGUCACCGUCCUUGGCUCCGUCAUCAUGGUCCUACGGGACUUCGGCUCCGUCACCGUCCUUGGCUCCGUCUUGGUGGUCUUAUGGAGCAGCCGCUCUAUCUCCAUCAUCAUCAUCGCCUUCUUCAUCCCCACAAUCAUCGACAUCAAUCAACACAAUGUCAGUGCAAGAGGAAGGGAUAGCACAAACACAAGAACCAUCUCCAAAGAGCACAACCGAUCAAGGGACAGCACAAGCACCCUCUCCGGAGAGCACUUCCGCCGCAACGGGGGUGCCACAAAGAACGCUUCCAAAGAGUAUCGCGGAGGCUCCAACACCGGAAGCGGAGGAUAGCACCGGCGCAGCGAUUCGGCCUGGGACCCCUCGUCUGAGCUCCCUCUUUGGAACCGCCGCACUUGUCCUCAUCUCUCUGUGCUAA